GUGCUCGAAGCUUACAAGCAGGGGCUGAGGCCAGCCCUGGGCUAUGAGCUCAACCCCUGGCUGCUGUGCCUGGCCAACUACCGUGCCUGGAGGGCCGGUUACCACGGCAAGGUGUCCUUCCUGAAAAAGGAUCUGUGGAAGGUGAAUCUCUCUGACUGCCAUAACGUGAUCGUGUUCCUGGCCCCCAGCGUGAAGCCUCCCUUGGCCACCAAGCUCCUGGCAGAACUGCCCGACGACGCGCGGGUGGUGGCCGGCCGCUACCCCUUCCCCUCCUGGAGCCCCAGCUGCACCCUGGGCCAGGGCCUGGACCAGGUCUGGGCCUAUGACAUCAAGGAGGUGCGGAGGGAAGUGCAGGACAGGGCCCAGCAAAGCCAGGGCUGAGCCCAGCCUCGUUAAGCCUGGUUUAACAGCAGCCUCCUUAAGCCUGGCAUUAAGGGUCAGUGCCACUCCAGCCCUUGGCUCAGCUCAGGACAGAAGUGCUUGGCCAGCAUUUCUCCUGGGGACUUGCAGGGUGGCAGAUCUUCAUUUUCCAGAGUGUGAGCAAAGCAAGAGAGGAGAAAAUCAAACCUGGAAAUCCUGGGGUUAACGCAGGAUUUAAGGGAUGAAACUCCAGUGCCUCUUUUUAGAUGAUUGCUGCUUUAUUUCAAUUGAAGUUUUAAAAAUAAAAUUUUGAUUGAUUGUUCCUCUGA